AUGGAUUUCACACGGCGCAGGAUCGCCGAUAUCAGCUCAUACAUACCAACAUCAACCCUCAAAUCUCGUGGCGAAGCCGUUCCUGCAGAUGCUGAGGCAACUCCAAACUAUCACUCAAAUCUCGAUGGUGUAAACCAACCUAUGAAUUUACUUUUUAAAGAUGCCUUGUGGUGGACCUUGGGCAUCAUGGCCCUUGUUGUUCUGUCCAUCAGAAUAAUUGAGAUCCUGUGGAUGAGACUCCGACAGGUGUCUGCCAUGAACGUGUCCGGCUCCAAACAAGCGUACUGGAGGAUAUCUCAAUGGAGCUGGAUGCCAAACGUCAAGAAGAACCUCAUAUAUGCUCCUCUGUGGAACAAACGCCACAACCGAGAGUUCAAGCUAUCCUCUGCUAUUAGCAUGGGGACCCUUCCUUCGCGACUUCACUUCAUCAUCCUCUUCAUCUACCUGGGCAGCAACUUCGCCUAUAUGUUCGUCCUCAACUGGCACAAUGAGAACAAGCUUGCUUUCUGUGCCGAGUUACGAGGCCGCUCAGGAACCUUGGCGCUUGUCAACAUGGUGCCCUUGAUCAUUUUCGCUGGGCGCAACAACCUCCUCAUUGGCCUGCUCAAGAUCAGUUUCGACACCUACAAUCUUCUACAUCGAUGGAUGGGUCGUAUUGUGGUCCUCGAGUCUAUUAUCCACACUAUCGCCUGGCUCAUUGUCGCCGUGGAUGACUUGGGUUGGGGUGGUGUUGGCCAUAAACUUUCCCAUGGACUUUUUGAAGGCUCGGGAGCCGUUGGCACGGUUGCUAUGACCUUCCUCCUUCUGCUUUCCGUUUCGCCUUUGCGUCAUGCCUUUUACGAGACUUUCCUCAACGUUCACAUUGUCUUAGCCUUCGUUGCCUUCGUCGCUACGUGGAUUCACUGUGCUUCGUCUGCACUCAAAGGUGGCCUACCUCAACUUCCCUGGAUCAUGGCCAUCAUGGCCAUCUGGUUCGCCGACCGCCUCGCUCGUAUGCUCCGGAUUGUCUUUGUCAACUGGUCUUCCAAGGGAUGGACUGAUGCGUUAUGCGAGGCUAUGCCCGGCAACGUCACUCGAGUCACCCUCCACUUACCCCGAUAUGUCGAUAUUGAGCCUGGCACUCAUGCAUACCUACGCUUUUGGGGUCUUUGUGUCUGGGAGAGCCAUCCUUUCUCUAUCUGCUGGGUCAAUCAUGUUCGCGAUAACAGCUUACCAAUUGCGGAAAAGGAUCCUCUCCACGCAGUCGACAGGUCAACCAUGACUACUACAGUCUCUUUCCUGAUUGGAGCCCAGACAGGUUUCACUAAGAAGCUCUUCGACCGUGCCUCCAGAUGCCCGCGAGGUCUCCGUAUCAAGGCUGCGAUGGAAGGUCCCUACGCCGGACAUAACAGCCUUGAUUCAUAUGGCCAUGCAGUCCUCUUUGCCGGCUCGACUGGAAUUACUCACCAAAUCUCGUACAUUCGCCAUCUCCUCGAAGGAUACAACCAGGGCACUACUGCUGCUCGACGCAUCACACUUGUCUGGAUUAUCCGCGAAUACGAAUCUCUCGAGUGGGUGCGGCCCUACAUGGAUACGAUUCUUCGUAUUCCAAACCGAAAAGACAUACUCCGCAUCCAGAUCUUCGUCACCCGUCCUCAGAACCCACGCGAUAUUGUCAGUGCUAGCGCCACGGUGCGUAUGUUCCCAGGACGGCCAAACGUUCCCCUCAUCCUGGCCCGAGAGGUGCAAGAGCAGAUGGGUGCCAUGUGCGUCACAGUCUGUGGCCCUGGUGCUCUUGCUGAUGAUGUUCGGGGUGCUGCCCGAGCAGUGCAGGGCUCAACCGUGGUGGACUUUGUAGAAGAAAGCUUUACGUGGACGUGGGAACACCAUGUAAUUAUUACCAUACCCGGUCCCUUAAUUGAUGAGGCUCAGGCAAACCUAGCACAUGUGAUUUCCACCCAAUUAAGGUUCCGUUGUCAGAUCCAAAGGUGUGGAGAACUGAGUUGCUCUCUCCUUCCCCGUCCCUGCCUGCCCCACCAGCGUCUUCUCUCAGGGCAGGUGGGUUUCAAAGUUCACUUCCUCAACGGAUGCAAGAGCAUAGCUGGAUUGGAUUCUAAAUUUAAUACCUACAUUUGUACGACUUGCCCUAUUGUACGAAUGCCUACUCGAACACAUGAUUCCCCGUCGCAUUCGCGAUCGCCGUCGCCGCCCUCAAGAGCGACACCAGCGCAUCGAAAUUUAGCAGUCAGAGAACGGGAUUCAAGUCGCUCCGCAUCUGGAUCCAAGAGGAAGAGAGCGGACACAAGAAACGGAGAACCCGCGAGCCAUCGAAGACGGACCGUUGAACCUACAGCGGGCAGCGAAGACGACGACGACGAUGAUGACGAUAUCUACGAUCCUGACCAGCCACUGGAGGAGCGCCGCAGAGUCCAACAGGGGUUCAGAGAUUUACUUCGGGAUGUGACAGAGAACACUGAGGAAUACCUACAAGGGGACUCGCGAGGGCUUCAUGAGGCCAUUCUCCGCGCCGAUGAACUAUCGAAGAAAGUUCGACAGACUACAGAAGCAACGAUUGACUCACGGCUACUUGUUAGCACUACCGAUUUAUCUUACCGAAAGACUUUGAGACUCACACAAGGCAGCCUUUCUCAAGGCAUCGAUGUUGAUGAGUUUGUUUCAAAAUGCAUCACAUAUAUGAGACAUGGUCGAGGAAUUAUGGAUGAUGAUGCACCCGAGCUCUCGAGCACCCAACGUCAAAGAAGAAGGACCACAAGAGGUGAUGAAGAUGGUGAGGAAGACAUCGGGGAUGAGGGCGAUAUGAUGAACUGGCCGCAUCUUGGCCGUUUUGCCAGCUUACCUUAUAUCAGGCGUCCCGCCCUCCCCGGGUUCCUCCUUGGACCUCUGUCAGUCGAGAAGAAGGCUCGCAAGAUUGCAAAGCGAAGUGCCCCGUUCAGACCUAACAAUCUGACUGAGACGCGUCCCGAAGUGCUCAAUGUCGAGGAUCUGGCCAAGAAGGAGAACGAUCUCACCGCGAUUUGCGGCAAGAUUCUCCAUCAAUUACAAACUCUCCAGGCGAACAUUCAAGAAACUGUGGCGGAUCUGAUUGAUGAAAAUAUGGACGAUGAGGAACAGACCAGAAUUAUGCAUCAACAUGGCCUUCGGAGCACCGGCGGCAUUGAUUUGAUGCGGUUUGUUGUGAAUCCCAAAUCAUUCGGCCAAACCAUCGAGAACAUGUUCUACGUCAGCUUCCUUGUCAGAGACGGCAGAGUGAAGAUCGAUUUCGAUGAAUUCGAUUUACCAGCGCUUGACAGAGAUGUCGAGGCAGAGGAAGGAGAACCGACACGACACGGGGCAGCGAAACACCAAGCAAUUCUUUCCAUGGACAUGGAGACCUGGCAGGACAUCAUUGACACAUUCGACCUCAAGGAGCCCAUGAUUGCUCACAGAAAGGAGGUGACGACUUCGGGACCUGUAAUGAAGAAAGGCUCGAUUGGCGGCGAUGAGCCUUUGUGCAAGACUGCCUGUGCACGGCAAAAGGCAGUCAAGAUGUCGGUUACUAAUCCCUUCAUCGAAUUUGAAAAGGACCUCGACGUUCGAAUUGCCGAAACAGGUGUGAAAUGGAAUCAUAAGAAGGACAACCUCGCGUCAAGUCUAGAUCGAUUUUACGAAAAAGAAUGUCUCAAAGAGCCUUCCAAAUUUCCAAAGAUGGCCCUCAACGUCAUGCAGGCUUUGAAAAAGACAGCCCAUAGUUCGCUCGAUGACCUGCUUGAAUGGGUCUAUGCCACACAACGGAGUCAGGACGAUGAGUCCAAGCGCCAGAUCAAAGAUCUGGUACAGUGUAUCGAUGAUUAUUAUCAGAGUCAGAAGUCACGAAUCGAGAGCGAAAGGCGUCUCACAGAACAGCGGUUGCUCGUGAUGGAGAAGAGCAGGACCCCUAACCCUGCAUCAAGCCCUGAGCAAAAAAAGCCCAUACAAAAACGUGUAACUUCCGCGUUAAACCGUGUUGGCAGUGCUGGGAAGGCUUUCGAGCGUGCCAAAGCUACUGAGAGGAUCACACGUAGCCAACAGGCCAAUGGGCAGCCAAGACCCUCUCGCCAUCCUCGUCAUCGUCAUCGGAGAGAGAAUGCUAUACGCACGGAAAAGACCUUGAAUCGCCUAAACGAGAACGCAGCUAUUUCUAGGAAGACGUCGCUGUACAAACGAUCGCAAACUUAUGGUAGUCCGAAAGGACGGGCUCAUCGCACCUCCAUGACGGCCCCUAGACUGCCCACAGCGAUCCGGCCCCAAAAGCGGUACACAGCAAGCUCUCUAUCGCAAGAGUUCAAUGCUUCCGAGUUGCAACGUGACGAGCCUGACGAUGUUCCUGAUAAGAUAUACGCAAAACCUUCUCUAGAGCAGGAGCUUGUCGCUGCUCAGGGUCACGGGCAUCCUCGCAUAGACAAGGAACUUCUCAUAGACGACGCAUUUGUUCUUGGACAACAACUCAAUGAAGAGUUCAGUACCAUAUCCUCUCCGGCUGAUGCUGAAGACUCGGAUGGCGGGGAUACCGAAGUCGAAGAAAUGGCCGAGGAGGGAAAAGAGCAACAGAAGAGGGUUGGGGACAUUCCCUUGAGAGAAGCCGAGGAUGAGACCAAGGAGCACGAUGAACUCAACGACAGGCUCGAAAUAAAGAAUGGGGGCGUUGAGCAUCAGACUGCUCAUCUUCAAGAGAAACCUCAAUCUGGGCCUGAUGGCACCAUCAUGCUUUCACCCAAAAUGGCAAUAAAGCUCUGGAAAAUCCUCUUGGAAAACAAUGAGCGCGUCGAUUUUGCAAUAUCAAAAUGCGAAAACCUAGAAAAGUGCGACAUCAAUGAGAGUUCCAUGAAAGAACUAAUUGAUAUCUGGGUACCGGCAAUAAAGGAUCACCAUUGUAAAUUUAAGAAGAUCAAGAGUUUCUUUGCUGACAUCGCUCGCCAUGUGCUCGAUAUCGAUCUUCCUCCAAACGCGGCGCAGACAUCGGAAGCCUCUAAAUCUAUGUCUGGCUACUCAGAAACCUCUGCAGGCAUGGAAAGCUCUCAAUGUUUGUCAACUGCGCCUUCCAGCGGAUCUCGCGACAGCUUCCUUAGCAAUAAAGACCAUGACGGUGACGAUCUAGAGGUGAACGCAAGUAGCGAACCGAAGCGUCCUGUUUUUCCAGACAGCGAGUCAGUGGCAAGCUUGAGACCUGGAUGUUCUCGGGAGCUCAGUGCUUGGCAGCAAAAGAUCAAGAAGAACAGAGAGUCCGUGAGCCGAGGCCCUUACCUGAGCCCUCCUUCGUCCGCUGGAACGCAAUAUUACACAACGCCGCAAAGCAGCCCGAGAGACGGAGACUCACCCAAGAAGUGGUGGAUUAGUCCUAAGGAGGAGAACACUCCACAGAAGGACAGUGAUGAUGAGAAGGAGGUUGUUUCUGAAGAUGAGAAAGGAAACAGUCCUGUCAGAGACAUGUCGAGCAACGGCACCGGUGAAUCCUCAGACAUACCUGAAGCAUCUCAAGAGGCGAACACGCCAGCACCAGGGAAUAGUGAUGGCGGAGAUGAUCCAGAUCCAGAUCCUACUAAAGGGACUACUGUCGAUAACGAGUCGUCACAUCCCCUUGCACAAUCAUCAACAAAGGAUUCCGGUAUCUUCCAAUCCUUAAAACUGGGGCUUAGGGUCUUGAGAAUGCUGGUAGUGCUGUUUAUAGCCAACCAGGCCUGGGCUUGGUGUCUUGUCAUGAAAUUUGUCUGUCAACUUCUCUCCUGGUCUUAUCACCGUUUCAUCAGGCGUAGGAACGUGGAUAACGACGGCAAAGCACUGAAAUUCCCCAACCCACCUUCGGUACAUCUUUGGGCUUCCGGAGUUCCUCGUGGGCGUGUUUCACAGAUGUCGUUGGAAGUGCAACCUUAG